AGUGCGUCUAUGUCAGUUUGUAGUUCGCUCCCAACGGCAAAGUAUCUCGUGCUCGACAGUGUCUGUAUAAAAAGUCAAAUAUCUUGCAAACAUGAAGUGCAUCGUUUUUGUAGCUCUCAUCGCUUGCGCCUGGGCUGCGCCCAAGGAGGCCGAAGUCGCCCAGCAACCCUUCCAACUUCCCGAAUUCAUCAGCAACGCCCAGAAGAACCUCAACGAACUUGCCCAGAACAUCAAGAACCAGAUCAACAUUCCCGACCAAGAGACCGUUGUCAACACCCUCAAGAACCAGAGCUCGAGCUUCGUUACCAAUGUCCAGAGCUACAUCGAUAACGUGUCUGAGGAGAUCAAGAAGAAAACUCCCGAGCUCCAGAAUGUCUGGAGUGACAUAAAGACCAAAUUGAACAAGGUCGUCGAAGACAUCAAUGCCCAAGUACCGCACGCCAAGGAAUCCGCCGAACAGCUGCAGAAACAAUUCAACGAGGGUGUACAGACGCUGGUGAAGGAAAGCAACAACUUCGCCGAGCAGGUCAAGCAGAACGCUGGCCCAAUCAAAGAGGAAAUUGCUAGCUUCACCAAGAAGGCCGUCGACAUCGCCGUCGAGGCUUCCGAGAACCUCAACGAGCAGCUCAAGAAGGCCGCCCAACAAGUCGAAAAGAAGGAUUAGAAAUUCCCUUAACUGUUAAAUCGUGUAUUUAGAUAUUACGUCGUCAUCUUUCUUAUCAUUCGGUGACUUUCAUCAGAAUCUUUCUACUCUCUGCUGACCUGAUGUGUUUUUGUACGCUAGACCCAUUUCUCCAUAUCACGAAAAUAAUAAUAAAUGAUGUUUUUUUAUAACUGUU